CCCCACGCUAACGGGAAGCGGUGGAGAGCCAGCUGCAAGGGCGUCCCGGGCCACAGACAUUAUGCCAUGGGUCCCCAGUAAGGAUGCUAACUCAACAGCACCCACGGGCCAUGCUUCGUUUUCUACUCAAAACACACACAGGGCCGCCAGGGCCCAGGACACUGACUUCCCGGGCCCCUCCUGGACGUCAGAACCCCCGAAGGCCUCUGGCACUUCCACUUGGCCUAUCACCGGGUCAUUAGGAUUAGCGACCGCCGACACCCCCAACUCUGCAGGGUCUCACCAGCCCUGCCCACCAACGAAAGGGGACCACCUCCCGGGCUUCUCGAGGCCUCCCCGGCCAUGCCACCCAAACGGGGGGGGGGGGCACCUCUCCGACCUUGCAAAGCCUCGACAGACACCGGACCAACGCGAGAGACACCUGCCCCGGCUUCUCACGCGAUCACCAGGCCAGCCCACGGGCACCCGACUGCACCCCGAGGUGACCACCUCUCCACCACCCCAGGCCCUACAGCCCGGCCCACUGACACGGAGGACCUCUCCCGGGCCCCCCACCCCAGCCACCGGCACGGCAGACAACCUCCCCUCCACCAGCACCAAAGGUGACAACCGGGAGGACGUGAGGGGACCACACGGAGAGACGGCGGGGUGCGACCUCCGGGACGACAGGACGAAGGGACACGAGCUCAGGGGGGAAGCAGCUGUGUUGAGGUAGCCACAGGCUUUCACAGACAUCCUGAACACCCUGUGAUCAAAACUUGUGAAUCUUGGACUGCACAGUGACCCAAGGCCGUAAAACCUCAAGAUUGUAAAAAUUCCUUUGACUCACCACCUGGUGUAUGGUUUUUCUUCUCAGUGUCUCCCUGUCAGAAAGCCCAGACUCUGCCUGUGGCCCUGGCCAGCCAGAAGUUGUGUUGCCCUGCGCUGUUUGGAAUAAAGUUCGCUUCUGGUUAACAGA